GCAAAACAAUAAUGCGACUAGGCGUGUUUUGCAGCUUUUUAGACUCGUGUAUGAAUGCAUGUUCUGUUAUUAUGAUUGAACUAAGUUCCUGCAGUACCUGAGCUGCUUUUGCGCCCAGUUUGAGCUCGUUGUAGCACUACUAACAGGCUGACGAGCAGAAACCGGGGGAGGACGCUCACGCUGUAUGCCUGGCUGGGCCCCGGUCCUUGGUCCCGUCCUCCGUGUUGCUGUCGUUCUUGUUCCCGCCCUGAAAGCGAGCCGCAUGGCGGCGCACAGCAUGGCCUCCCGGGCCCUGAAGAACCCGUACCGGGACCACGACGGCUCGGCCGCCUGCUCGCAGGGCCUGUUCGACCAGCACGGAGGGGUGCUACAGCUGGAGUUGACUGCAGACUUUGCUGGGCGGCUGAGGAGUAAGAUCAGCGAGCUUCUGUCCCACAUGGAGAAUGGACUCAAGUCCGCUGACCCCCGGGACUGCAGUGGCUACACGGGAUGGGCAGGAAUCGCCCUGCUCUACCUGCAUCUCCACAGUGUUUUUGGGGAGACUUCCUACCUACAGAGGGCGCUGGACUACGUGAACCGCAGCCUGCAGCGUCUGACACGGCGCACGGUGACUUUCCUUUGCGGUGAUGCAGGUCCGCUAGCGGUGGCUGCCGUGGUCCACCACAGGCUGCAGAAGAGCCAGGAGGCAGAGGAGUGUGUAAGCAGGCUCCUAAAAUACCACCAGGAUGUGGUGAAGGGGUCGCGGAACCUUCCGGAUGAACUGCUUUACGGAAGGGUGGGAUACCUGUACUCCCUGGUCUUUGUCAACCAGCAGUUUGGGCAGGAGAAGAUCCCCAUGCAAUACAUCCAGCAGAUCUGCGAUGCCAUCUUGGCCUCCGGGGAAAGUCUGUCCAAGAAGCGGCGCAUGCAGCAGCAGAGCCCCCUGCUCUUCGAGUGGUACCAGGAGUACUACGUUGGCGCCGCCCACGGAUUAGGGGGCAUCUACUACUACCUGAUGCAGCCUGACUUCGGCGUUGGCGAGGAGAGGCUACAGGGACUUGUGAGGCCCAGCGUCGACUACGUUCGCCAGCUCAAGUUCCCAUCGGGGAACUACCCUCCUUGCAUCGGGGACUCACGUGAUCUACUGGUGCACUGGUGCCAUGGUGCCCCCGGAGUGGUCUACAUGCUCCUGCAGGCCCACAAGGUGUUUGGCGGGGACGGUUACCUGGCGGAUGCCCUACAGUGUGGGGAGGUGAUUUGGCAGUGGGGUCUCCUGCAGAAGGGCUAUGGUCUAUGCCAUGGGACUGCUGGCAAUGCCUACACCUUCCUGGCCCUGUACAAAGUCACAGGAGACCCCAAGUACCUGUACCGUGCCUGCAAGUUUGCUGAGUGGUGCAUGGACUAUGGCAAGCAUGGCUGCCGCACGCCCGACACACCCUUCUCUCUCUUUGAAGGCAUGGCCGGCACCAUCUACUUUCUGGCUGACCUGAUGCAGCCUCAGAAGUCCAAGUUCCCAGCAUUUGAGGUUUGAAAGUAUCCCCACCCAUUCUGCUUGCACUCCAAAGCCAUGUCACCUCCACGCUUGGCCUUUGCGUGUCCUGUUCUCAUGAAGCCAGUGUCGCAGAGCUUUGUCUGUGGUGUAAAGUCCUGGCUUUAUUUUGACAUCGUAAAGGGGCACCCCCCAUGGUCUUUGUGACGGGGGGACGUUCAUGCAUUUAUGCUGUGAGUUUCAUCACUUCACAUAUCUAUGGAAACUCCAGCAGCUGAAAGGUAAAGAUGCAGAAAUACAGUAGUUUUUUUUUUUUUUAUUAUUAUUAUUAGUAAAUGAUACUCACUUGGUUUAGGUAAACAACCAAAUGGUACCUGUUAUUAGUUCUUCGCUUUUGUCUUAAUUUGUAAAGGUGUUUUUAGUAUUACCAUGCAUGCAGCUGCUGGUGGCACUUGUGUAAAUUAACAUCAGCUGGUAUGGGAAAUAAAUGAACACCCCUACAAGUUUUGUCUGUUUCUCUUCUUAUGUUUAUUCCUGCUUUUUCCACAGUUACUUCUCAGAAAUAAAUAUCUUCCCUUUGCAUUUCAAAAUUUUUGUUGU